CUGUGGAGCUCCAACUACAGAUCUACAGGGCAACAUGGGCUUAAGAAAUGGGAUAGAGCUAUGGGCGCUUGUAUGGCUGAUAUCUGCUGCUAAUGCCUCUACUAUGAGUGGGUCUCAACCAGAGGUGCAGCAAAUGAGCGAAACAAAAGUUAACAUCAUCCCAGGAAUGAUGCAACCCAUUAUAUCUGCUGUGAACCCUGCUCACAACGGCCGCGUGUGCAGCACAUGGGGUAACUACCACUUCAAAAUGUUUGAUGGAGACAUGUUUAAUGUCCCGUCCAGCUGCAACUACGUCCUCACCUCGCAGUGCAAGAGCAGCUACGAGGACUUCAACAUCCAGAUGAGACGAGCUGUCGUCAACGACCUGCCGACCAUCAGCACUAUAACCAUGAAGCUGGACGGGAUAGUGCUGCAAUUCACCAAGAACGCCAUCUCAGUCAAUGGGAAGCAGGUUACCCUGCCUUUCAGCCAGUCUGGUGUCCUGAUUGAAAAGAUCAAUUCUUACAUCAAGGUCACAGCUAAACUCGGGCUGGUUGCCAUGUGGAACGAGGACGAUUCUCUCGUGCUGGAAAUCGACGAAAAAUACAUGAACCAGACGUGUGGCCUCUGUGGUGACUUCAAUGGAGUCCAGGUCUACGAUGAGUUGAUUCAAAAUGGCAUGAAAAUAUCUCCUCUGGAUUUUGCAAACUUCUGGAAGAUGGACAGCCCAACGGAAACAUGCAUUGAACUCACUCCUCCAUCUGAGGACAAGUGUGCUGAUCUGAGACCAUUGUGUGAGCAGAUUCUGUCCAGCCCUGCCUUAGCAACCUGCAAGGACCUUGUACCUGUAGAUGCGUUUGUCGAUGCCUGUGUUAAAGACAUGUGCCAGUGUAACAACACCGUUGAGCAUUUCUGUCUCUGCAACACCAUCUCUGAAUACUCGCGGCAGUGUGUGCACGCUGGCGGCAAACCCCAGAACUGGAGAACAGAUCAAUUCUGCAGUAAGAAAUGCUCAAAGAACAUGGUGUUUCAGGAGUGUGGGAUCCCUUGCACUGACACCUGCUCCAACCCUGACCGAGGUCACCUCUGUGAGGACCACUGCACUGAUGGCUGCUUCUGCCCAGCAGGAACUGUUUUAGAUGACAUUACCCAGAGUGGCUGUAUCCCGCUGCAAAAGUGCUCCUGCAGCUACAAUGGAAAAACAUACAGCCCUGGAGAGUCUUACAGCAGCAACUGCAGGCGUUGCACCUGCAACGGAGGAAGGUGGAGCUGCAAUGACCUGGACUGCCCUGGAUCCUGUUCUGUUAAGGGAGGGUCCCACAUCACCUCAUACGAUGGCCAAGACUUCACCUUCCACGGAGACUGUUCCUAUGUCCUCUCAAAGAAUUGCCAGAACAAUGCAUUUACAAUUCUCGGGGAGAUUGUCAAGUGCGGGCUGACAGACACAGAGACUUGCCUAAAGUCUGUCACCCUUGCAAUUGCAGGAGGACAAAACGUCUUCAGCAUCAAUCCAAGUGGAAGCGUUUUUGUGAAUGGGAUGUUCGCUCAGCUGCCAUUGUACACAGCCAAUGUAACCGUCUUCAGACCAUCCUCGUUCUACAUCAUUGUUCAAACCUCCUUUGAUCUGGUGCUGGAGAUCCAGCUCACUCCCAUUAUGCAGGUCUACAUCACUGCAGGUUCCUCCUACAAGGGACAGACUUGUGGUCUCUGCGGUAAUUUUAACGACGUCCAGGCUGAUGAUUUCAAAGCCAACAGCGGGGUGGUGGAGGGAACGGCCUCUGCCUUUGCCAACACCUGGAAGACCCAAGCAAGCUGCCCGGAUAUGAAGGACACCUAUGAUAACCCUUGCAGUCUGAGUGUGGAGAAUGAAAAAUACGCCCUGCACUGGUGCUCCAUGCUGUUAGAUCCUCAAGGUCCUUUUUCUGCCUGCCAUUCAGUGAUCAGCCCUGCCACCUACAAAACAAACUGCAUGUACGACAGCUGUAACUGUGAGAAGAGCGAGGACUGCAUGUGUGCAGCCAUCUCCUCGUACGUCCAUGCCUGCGCUGCUAAGGGGGUCCACCUGGACGGCUGGAGAAGCAGCAUCUGCACCAAGUACUCCACCUCCUGCCCCAGGACCCUGACCUACAGCUACAGCAUGACCAGCUGUGAUCGCACCUGCCGCUCCCUCAGUGAGCCGGACUACACCUGCAUGGUGAAAUUUGUACCUGUGGACGGGUGUGGGUGUGCAGAGGGGACCUACAUGGAUGAGGGAGGCAUAUGCGUCCCACCUGCGAGCUGCCCGUGCUACAACAAGGGGUCAGCUGUGACAGCUGGAGAGGUCAUCAACAGGGAUGGAGCCAUGUGCACUUGCAAGCAAGGGAAACUGAACUGCAUCGGAGAAUCUGCACAACCAAGCUGUGCAGAUCCAAUGGUCUUCUUUGACUGUAGCAAUGCUACAAAAGGGGCUCGGGGAUCUGAGUGUCAGAAGAGCUGUCAGACCCUGGAUAUGGAGUGUUACAGCACAGAGUGUGCCUCUGGCUGCGUGUGCCCACAGGGUCUGCUUUCAGAUGGGAAGGGAGGCUGUGUCUCUGAGAAUGAGUGUCCUUGCAUCCAUAACGGAGCCUCCUACAACCCUGGAGAGACAAUCAAAGUGGACUGCAACACCUGUACCUGCAAGGAUAGAAAAUGGCAAUGCACAGAUAAGCAGUGCCAGGGUACCUGUGCCAUCUACGGAGACGGGCAUUACAUCACUUUUGAUGGGAAGAGGUUCAGCUUCAAUGGAGACUGUGAAUACACCCUCACUCAGGACUAUUGCAGUGGAAACUCAGCCAAUGGCACCUUCAGAGUGAUCACUGAGAACAUUCCCUGUGGCACCACAGGGACCACCUGCUCCAAGGCCAUCAAGCUGUUCCUCGGGAACAAUGAGCUGAUACUAACUGAAGGACACUACCAGGUGGUCCAGAGAGACUCGGGGGAAGAGGUUCCCUACAAGAUUAGCACCAUGGGAAUCUACAUGGUCAUCGAAGCCAAGAACGGAUUAAUCCUCAUGUGGGACAAGAAGACCAGCAUGUUCAUCAAACUCAGCCCCAGUUUCCAGGGUCACGUCUGCGGCCUGUGCGGUGACUACGAUGGGAAUGGACAGAACGACUUCACCACCAGGAGCCAGGCAGUCGUUGUAAACGCCCAGGAGUUUGGAAACAGCUGGAAGGUCUCUCCCAGCUGCCCGGACGCGAAAAUCACACGAGACCCCUGCGUCUCCAACCCCUACCGGCAAUCCUGGGCUCAGAAGCAGUGCAGCCUCAUCAAGAGCAAAGUGUUCACUGCCUGCCACUCUCAGGUGGACCCCACUCCGUACUACGAUGCCUGCGUGAGAGACUCGUGUGCCUGUGACUCUGGGGGAGACUGCGAGUGUUUCUGCACAGCUGUGGCCUCCUACGCUGAGGCCUGCAAUGAGGCUGGCGUUUGCGUUGCAUGGAGAAGCCCUGAGAUUUGCCCGCUGUUCUGUGAUUACUACAACCCCGCUGGCGAGUGUGAGUGGCACUACAAGCCCUGCGGCGCUCCCUGUAUGAAAACCUGCCGGAACCCCAGUGGGACGUGCUCCAGCCAGAUCCCAGGAUUGGAAGGUUGCUAUCCAAAAUGCCCACCGAACCAGCCCUAUUUUGAUGAGGAGUCAAUGAAGUGUGUCCAACAGGAAGACUGUGGUUGCUACGAUGAUGAAGGAAAUCACUAUAAAAACGGAGAAGAGGUUACCUCCACAGAGAACUGUCAAUCAUGCUUGUGUAAAUCUGUGGAAGUGUAUUGCAGCUAUGAUAUUUACAAAUGUUACUGUAGCUACCAAGGGAAUAAGUAUCCAAAUGGUGCAACAAUCUACAACACCACUGAUGGCUUAGGAAGCUGUAUAAUUGCUACCUGCGGAGAAAAUGGCACCAUUCACAGAAACAUCUACAACUGCAAAACAACGAAAACACCGCACAACACAGGACAAUCAACUACUACCAUAGGAACUACACAGCAUACCCCAACAGUGUUCAAUUUCACCACCUCGCUUCCAACCACGCCAACUGGCAAAACUACAACAGCUCCACCCUUGUCACCUACUGCAACCUCAGAAUCAACAACAAGUGGUACUACUAGCUGCCUAGAGGAAAUCUGCCAGUGGUCAGAGUGGUAUGAUGUAAGCUUCCCAACUGACAGUAACGAUGGGGACUAUGAAACAUAUGACAAGAUCAAGGCGAAAGGUCACUCUGUGUGCGCAAAUCCACUGAAAGUGCAUUGCAGAGCCCAGCAAUACCCAAAUACGCCUCUAGGGGACCUAGGACAAGUAGUGCAAUGUAACAGUUCGUUUGGGCUCAAGUGCAACAACAAAGAUAAUCCAACCACAUGCUUAAACUAUGAGAUCAGUGCAUACUGCUGCAACCUUGUGAAUUGCGGGGCCACGACAAGUGCACCACCUGUGACCAGCAAGAAGUCAACCACUCCUCCAGUCACCACAUCUACAACCCCUGAAAAAACACCUCCGACAUCUCCUCCAGUCACCACAUCUACAACCCCUGAAACAACACCUCCGACCAUUUCAACUGAAGUCCCCCACACCACUAGCCCUACAACCACCUGCAGGCGUCCCUGUAAAUGGUCCCAGUGGUUUGAUACCAAUUUCCCAACUCCUGGUGCGGCAGGUGGAGACUCAGAAACCUACAACAAGAUUGUAGCAGGUGGGGGAAGGAUAUGCGAAAAGCCAAGCAGAAUUGAGUGCAGGGCAGAGAAGUAUCCUGAAAAAAUAAUUGAAGACAUUGGUCAAGUUGUGACAUGUGAUAUCGCUACAGGAUUAACAUGUAAAAAUGAAGAUCAAACAGGCAUUUUUCCAAUGUGCUACAACUAUCAGAUAAGGUUUCUCUGUUGUGACGCUUAUCAUUGUGAAACGACAACAGAGCCACCGACCAGCACAUCUGUACCUACAACAGCAGUAUCCUCAACCUUUUCAACCCCCACGCCUCCUAUAACAACAACUACAGGAAAGUCAACCACAACAAAACCAACCACACCACCCAAGACUUCACCAUCUACCCCAGAGCCCAAACCGCAUACCACCACAGAAACUUCAUCAACCACAGCAGUGACGACAACCAGCACUGAAAAGACAACCUCGCCCACUACUGAAAGCACCAUUCCAACAACAGAAACUGCAACCACUGAAUCAACUCUACCAUCCACUACCUCGACACCAGGUCCUGUAACAACCACUUCCACUUCUGAAAGCACCACUGAAUCAACAACAUCUGCCACUCCAGUGACAACUACAACACCUUCUACAACAAGUAGCACUGCUACAACCGAAAGCAGCACCUACAAAUCAACGACAGAAAAACCAACCCCAACAAAAACAACCGCACCACCCAAGACUUCAACAUCUACCCCAGAGCCCAAACCGCGUACCACCACAGAAACUUCAUCAACCACAGCAGUGACGACAACCAGCACUGAAAAGACAACCUCGCCCACUACUGAAACUUCAUCAACCACAUCACUCAAGACCUCAACAAUACCAUCUUGUAUUGUAUUGACAACUACAACACCUUCUACAACAAGUAGCACUGCUACAACCGAAAGCAGCACCUACAAAUCAACGACAGAAAAACCAACCCCAACAAAAACAACCGCACCACCCAAGACUUCAACAUCUACCCCAGAGCCCAAACCGCGUACCACCACAGAAACUUCAUCAACCACAGCAGUGAUGACAACCAGCACUGAAAAGACAACCUCGCCCACUACUGAAACUUCAUCAACCACAUCACUCAAGACCUCAACAAUACCAUCUUGUAUUGUAUGUAAGUGGUCAGAAUGGAAAAAUGUGGAUUAUCCUGAACCUGGACCAGGCAAAGGGGACUAUGAAACUAUUAAAAAUCUCACAGCCUCUGAUCCAAAUAUUUGUGAAAAACCUGAUGAUAUUGAAUGCAGAGCAUCAAAGUUCAAAGAUUACAGUUUAGAAGACGUGGGACAAAAAGUAGAAUGCAGUCCUUCUGUUGGAUUUGUUUGUAAAAACGAGGAUCAGGUACCACCAGUCUGCUUCGACUAUGAGGUUAGAGUUAAAUGCUGCAUCAAUAGCUGCACAUCAACAGAAACAUCUACACCAAACACUGAAACAACCAGUCCCAUUAUAAUCACCUCCACCACUUCAACAUCAGUAACUGAAAAAAUCAUAUCUCAGAGCACUACCUCAACACCAGUAACUCAACCUACCACACAUCUCAGCACCACCACAACACUAGUAACUGUUACAGAAACUGCAACCACUGAAUCCACAACCCCGACACCAGGCUCUACAACAACUUCAGAAGCAACAACCACUUCCACUUCUGAAAGCACCACUGAAUCAACAACAUCUGCCACUCCAGUGACAACUACAACAGCUUCUACAACAAGUAGCACUGCUACAACCGAAAGCAGCACCUACAAAUCAACAACUACAGAAAAGCCAACCACAACAAAACCAACCACACCACCCAAGACUUCAACAUCUUCCCCAGAGCCUAAACCGCAUACCACCACAGAAACUUCAUCAACCACAGCAGUGACGACAACCAGCACUGAAAAGACAACCUCGCCCACUACUGAAAGCACCAUUCCAACAACAGAAACUGCAACCACUGAAUCAACUCUACCAUCCACUACCUCGACACCAGGUCCUGUAACAACCACUUCCACUUCUGAAAGCACCACUGAAUCAACAACAUCUACAACUCCAGUGACAACUACAACAGCUUCUACAACAAGUAGCACUGCUACAACCGAAAGCAGUACCUACAAAUCAACAACAGAAAAACCAACCCCAACAAAAACAACCGCACCACCCAAGACUUCAACAUCUUCCCCAGAGCCCAAACCGCAUACCACCACAGAAACUUUAUCAACCACAGCAGUGAUGACAACCAGCACUGAAAAGACAACCUCGCCCACUACUGAAAGCACCAUUCCAACAACAGAAACUGCAACCACUGAAUCAACUCUACCAUCCACUACCUCGACACCAGGUCCUGUAACAACCACUUCCACUUCUGAAAGCACCACUGAAUCAACAACAUCUGCAACUCCAGUGACAACUACAACAGCUUCUACAACAAGUAGCACUGCUACAACCGAAAGCAGCACCUACAAAUCAACAACUACAGAAAAGCCAACCACAACAAAACCAACCACACCACCCAAGACUUCAACAUCUUCCCCAGAGCCUAAACCGCAUACCACCACAGAAACUUCAUCAACCACAGCAGUGACGACAACCAGCACUGAAAAGACAACCUCGCCCACUACUGAAAGCACCAUUCCAACAACAGAAACUGCAACCACUGAAUCAACUCUACCAUCCACUACCUCGACACCAGGUCCUGUAACAACCACUUCCACUUCUGAAAGCACCACUGAAUCAACAACAUCUACAACUCCAGUGACAACUACAACAGCUUCUACAACAAGUAGCACUGCUACAACCGAAAGCAGCACCUACAAAUCAACAACUACAGAAAAGCCAACCACAACAAAACCAACCACACCACCCAAGACUUCAACAUCUUCCCCAGAGCCUAAACCGCAUACCACCACAGAAACUUCAUCAACCACAGCAGUGAUGACAACCAGCACUGAAAAGACAACCUCGCCCACUACUGAAAGCACCAUUCCAACAACAGAAACUGCAACCACUGAAUCAACUCUACCAUCCACUACCUCGACACCAGGUCCUGUAACAACCACUUCCACUUCUGAAAGCACCACUGAAUCAACAACAUCUGCAACUCCAGUGACAACUACAACAGCUUCUACAACAAGUAGCACUGCUACAACCGAAAGCAGCACCUACAAAUCAACAACUACAGAAAAGCCAACCACAACAAAACCAACCACACCACCCAAGACUUCAACAUCUUCCCCAGAGCCCAAACCGCAUACCACCACAGAAACUUCAUCAACCACAGCAGUGACGACAACCAGCACUGAAAAGACAACCUCACCCACUACUGAAAGCACCAUUCCAACAACAGAAACUGCAACCACUGAAUCAACUCUACCAUCCACUACCUCGACACCAGGUCCUGUAACAACCACUUCCACUUCUGAAAGCACCACUGAAUCAACAACAUCUGCAACUCCAGUGACAACUACAACAGCUUCUACAACAAGUAGCACUGCUACAACCGAAAGCAGCACCUACAAAUCAACAACUACAGAAAAGCCAACCACAACAAAACCAACCACACCACCCAAGACUUCAAUAUCUUCCCCAGAGCCUAAACCGCAUACCACCACAGAAACUUCAUCAACCACAGCAGUGAUGACAACCAGCACUGAAAAGACAACCUCGCCCACUACUGAAAGCACCAUUCCAACAACAGAAACUGCAACCACUGAAUCAACUCUACCAUCCACUACCUCGACACCAGGUCCUGUAACAACCACUUCCACUUCUGAAAGCACCACUGAAUCAACAACAUCUACAACUCCAGUGACAACUACAACAGCUUCUACAACAAGUAGCACUGCUACAACCGAAAGCAGCACCUACAAAUCAACAACAGAAAAACCAACCCCAACAAAACCAACCACACCACCCAAGACUUCAACAUCUUCCCCAGAGCCUAAACCGCAUACCACCACAGAAACUUCAUCAACCACAGCAGUGACGACAACCAGCACUGAAAAGACAACCUCGCCCACUACUGAAAGCACCAUUCCAACAACAGAAACUGCAACCACUGAAUCAACUCUACCAUCCACUACCUCGACACCAGGUCCUGUAACAACCACUUCCACUUCUGAAAGCACCACUGAAUCAACAACAUCUGCCACUCCAGUGACAACUACAACACCUUCUACAACAAGUAGCACUGCUACAACCGAAAGCAGCACCUACAAAUCAACAACUACAGAAAAGCCAACCACAACAAAACCAACCACACCACCCAAGACUUCAACAUCUACCCCAGAGCCCAAACCGCAUACCACCACAGAAACUUCAUCAACCACAGCAGUGACGACAACCAGCACUGAAAAGACAACCUCGCCCAUUACUGAAAGCACCAUUCCAACAACAGAAACUGCAACCACUGAAUCAACUCUACCAUCCACUACCUCGACACCAGGUCCUGUAACAACCACUUCCACUUCUGAAAGCACCACUGAAUCAACAACAUCUGCCACUCCAGUGACAACUACAACAGCUUCUACAACAAGUAGCACUGCUACAACCGAAAGCAGCACCUACAAAUCAACAACAGAAAAACCAACCCCAACAAAAACAACUCUACCACACAAGACUUCAACAACACCAUCCCCUACGACCCUAGAAACAACACCAGGAACAACCCCUCUUUCUCCCACUACCACAGAGUCUACCUCCACUGAAACCUCCAGACCCACACCAACAUCCACAGAACCACUUACUACCAGCCUAUCCUGGACAGAGUGCACUUGCAAUAUCAGUGGAAGACGAUAUCCACCUGGUGCCAAUAUAUACAACAACACGGAUAAUGCCGGAUGGUGCUACACAGCUUUCUGUAGUGACAAAUGUGAGAUUGAGAAACAUGUCAUGGAAUGCCAUACUACUACUGUGCCACCCAGUGCUCCAACCACCAAAAAGCCACCCACAAAGCCACCCACCAGUAAGAAAACAACUUCUGCAACUGUGCCAGAAACCACACCUCAAGGUUGCAAUCAGCUUAACCCUCCCAGAAAGUACCACGAGACUUGGAAGAUUGAUAAAUGUACAAAAGCAACAUGCGAAGGAGGCUCCACAGUUAAUGUAGAGCCUGUGCCAUGCAAGGCUGUGGAACCCAUUGAAUGUGUAAAUGGCCUGCCACCACUUAAGGUGUAUGAUGAAUCUGGAUGCUGCUACCAGUAUGAAUGUCAAUGCACCUGUUACGGAUGGGGAGAUCCUCACUAUGUCACCUUCGAUGGAACAGCCUAUGACUUCCAAGGAGACUGCACAUACGUUCUUGUGAAGCAGAUCACACCUAAAUACAACAAUUUUAGCGUCAUUAUAGAAAACUACCUGUGUGGCGCUGCAGAUGGUGUCUCCUGCCCACGAUCCCUCACUGUGUAUUACAAGAAGCACGAGGUGUUCCUGACACAGCAGCUUGUCAAUGGAAAGAAAAAGAACAUGAUUAAGUUCGAUAACAAAGAAAUCAUCCCAGCCUUUUCAAGAGAUGGCAUCCAGAUCUCAAGCACAGGAAUUGACAUGAGUGUGGAGAUCCCUGAGAUCAGCGCUCAAGUGUCCUUCAGAGGCUUGAUGUUCGUCAUCCAGCUGCCCUACUCACUCUUCCAUGGCAACACAGAAGGACAGUGUGGAAUCUGUGACAACAACAAGAAAAAUGAUUGCAGUGGACCCAACCAGGUUGUUGAACCCUGCCCCGAUUCAGCCCACGACUGGCGUAUCAACAAAACGGGUUGUAGUAAACCAACUGUUCCACCAACUGUAAGACCCUCUACAACAGCCAAGCCACCAUCCACACCUUCACUCCCUGCCUCAUCCACGCCUCCACCCCCCGCCUCAUCCAUGCCUCCACCCCCUGCCUCGUCCACGCCGCUGUCCACUACAGUACCCAGUCAACCUCCGACAACUGCAUGCAAAGCACCUAUUUGCGAGAUUAUCUACAGCAAAGUCUUUGAAGCAUGCAAUGAAAUAAUCCCCGCCAAUCCAUUCUACGAGGCCUGUUAUUAUGAUGUUUGCCACAUGCCGGGCACCAGGAUUGGCUGCUCCAGUUUGGAAGUGUAUGCCUCAAUGUGCGAGACGGCAGGAGUCUGCGUGGACUGGAGGAAAUUUACUAAUGGGAAAUGCAAGUACUCCUGCCCACCAACAAAGGAGUACCAAGCAUGCGGACCAGAUGUGCAGCCUACUUGCAACGCCAAGUACAAUGAAAAACACAUCGACCAAAACCCACCCAGCAGCAGCGGGUUCACGGAAGGCUGCUUCUGUCCAAAUGGGACCAUCCUGUUCAACUCCUUCAGCGAUGUCUGUGUCUCCUCCUGUGGUUGCACUGGUGCUGAUGGCAUGCCCAAAAAGCCUAACGAGACGUGGCAGAGUAACUGCCAGGACUGUGUCUGUGACAAAGACUCGAUGAGCGUCCAAUGCAAGCCCCACGUGUGCCCAGAAGAGUCGCCUGUUACUUGCUCCAAGGAAGGACAGGAGCAAGUGAUGGAGAUAGACAGCCAGUGCUGCAACAAGACCACCUGCAAAUGCAAUGUCGACCUCUGCCCGAAAACACAGCAGAGCUGUGACCCAGGGUUCAGGCCAGUGAUCAAUACCCCGGAGGAUGGCUGCUGUCCAGAAUAUACCUGUGUGCCCAAGGAAGUCUGUGUGUUCAACAACACGGAAUAUCAGCCUGGAUCCACUGUUCCUAAGGACACUUGUGAAACAUGUCAAUGCGGAUUCCAAAUCGACCCAGCCACCAAACUGCAGAUCAUUGACUGCGUGCCAAUACUCUGUGACACCGAAUGCCAGAUUGGUUUCAGGUAUGAGGCAAUCCCCGGUAUGUGCUGUGGAGAGUGCGUCCAGAAGGAUUGUGUCGUCAUGCUGCCAGAUGAAACGGCUCACGUGAUCCAGCCUGGACAAGUCUGGUCAAGCCCUGAUAACAACUGCACCCGCUACGAGUGUGUGAAGAAUGAAGACAAACUAGGACUAACUGAGAUCAACAUCUUCUGUCCUCCAUUCAACCCCAAAGACUGCAUCCCGGGCACUGAGACACAUGGCCCAGAUGGCUGCUGCCUUCAGUGUAAACCGAAGCCUGUUAACAAUUGCAACAUUCAGAAACAAACAACUAAAAUUGUUAGCAAAGGGUGCCAGUCUAACGCUGCUGUGGAGCUGACAUCAUGUGGAGGGUCAUGCGGAACAUAUUCCAUGUAUUCAUCGGAGUCCCACUCCAUGAUGCACUCCUGCACCUGCUGCAGGGAGACGAAGACCAGCGAGAAGACGAUCACCCUGUCGUGCCCUGACAGCACCACCCUCGACUUCGCCUACAUCUACGUGGAGGAGUGUGGUUGCCAGGACACGGAGUGCGUGGACAACAACACCACCAGCGCGAAACCCAGUGGGCAAGAGGGUACGGAAACAACUGACCUGAGAGCUCGCCGCAGGAGGAAGUAAUCGUGCAUCGAGCAUCCCGGCACUCCUGCCUGACCAUUCUGAUUCAACUUCCCCCCGUUACCUCUUUGCGCGCCAUUUCAAAUCAUUUAGGUGAUAGCUUGCAAACCUCAGCUAUGCGCACAUUGCUUUCCUAAUGAUCUUUCUCUUUUUUUCCGCCUCCUACAGCAGCUCAGUAACAACACCUGCCAUCUCUCUGGUGUAAUAGAAAAGCUACUUCUAUUUAAAAGGGCUCAGCAUGCAAAUCGAGCACCAAAGCAACACUGACAAUGCAUUCGUGCACAUUCAGUAGGGCUGCUCACCGGCACUGCAACACAUUUAUACCAAACUAUACAAAGUCCUUUUGUUUAAAUAUAUAUUUAAAUGUCCACAUUGAAAAAAUAUUUGCGACUCCGGGCACUUAAUUAAAGAUGAAGGACGAAUAAAUGAACUAAUAAAUAAUUCUGAUGUGAAGAAUUAACAUAUGGAUCCGAAAACAUAAUUUGUAGUUUUAUUUUGUUGUGUAUUUGUUGACGUGUGUGCUCAUGGGUAAAGCCUUUUACUGGAUGUGUCUUAUUCAGUUGUCUUCUUGUGAAAUCUUUUCUCGAAUAAACUUUAGCACUUUGCA